UGGCUGGUCGGUGACGGUCCUACAUUUGCUGACCAUAACCAACUCCACCGACGAUGAGACCGACAAGCACAAUCCACUACCUCCGACCACCCAAACCAGCACCCAUCCGAUCGCCCUUCACCCGACCAACAACCUACACACCACCGACCUUGGGCUCGAUCAACCGGAAGACAAAGAAACAAACCGACUUCAACCAUCUCGUCCAUCAUGCCAUCCCUGCUGCUGCCAAAGGCACCUCCUCUCGUCCUGCUCCUGGAAUUCGAAAGGAGUUCUACUUUGUUCACUUCAAGGAUCGCGUCAAAUUCUGGAACUUGACCGCUGGCGAUCGGGUCAUCAUCGCUGAUUGCAUUAAAAAAUUUAGAGGAUUGGUCGGGACGGUUUUUUGGGUCGAUAGAACUUCAAAUCGGCUCAGUUUGCUCGAACCAGAAUUCUGGAAAGAAGAAAAAGAAGUUGGUCACCCCGAGCUGCCGGAAUUUGUUCGGAACGUGCCGAUCGAAUUUGAAUACAGUACAGUCAGGUUGAUGGCACCGGGAUCAAAUGAAAUGUACUAUGAAGAUUUGCGAGAAGUGGAUCAUGAAGCAGUGAUCAUACCGAACGGAGGCAAGCGGAGGGAGCUCCAUUGGACACGGAUUGGCACCCGAUAUUCGAUUUACAAGCCCGGCAAACAAAGCGAAGGAGAAGAGAUCAUCCCCUGGCCGGUUCAACCGGAUUGGUCGGUCAACAUUCAAGAUGCAAAUAAACGAUUGGAACUAAGAGACAGACACCUCAAGCAAAUGCAGGAGCAGUGGGCACUCGAAACACGGAGGAGGAACGGAGAGAUCAUCGAUGUUCGGACUUCACCGACCUCCCAUGUCCACUCCAGAGAGACGCGGAAAGAUCUCUUUGCAUCACCAAUGGACACCUGGUCGAAUACGCUUGAUCCCAGUCAAUAUGAAGACAUGGCCCUAUGGAUGUCUACCUCACCGAGGACGCAGAAGAGUUUAUCAAAAUCCAUCAAUCUGAAUGCGCUUCCCGAGCUGUCAGUGCCCGAUUGGGAGCUAACAGCGGGCCAACACACCCGGCGGUUCAAGACAACAAAUUGGGAGAACAAGUUGGCGGAGAAGAUCGAGGCGCAAAACGAUGCUGAGUCCCGUCGACUCGCUCGACAUCUCAAGCUGCCCAUCGAGCGGAUCAGACGGCUCUUGGAGAUCGCUAGCUAUCGCCCUUCAAUGGUCGAAGCCCCUAGUCGAUCGGCUCCCUCUAACGAUCAGAUUCGUAAGGCCAAGCUCGAAGUCAAUCGUCUCCGAACUCAAGUCCAUAACCGCGAACGGCUGGCCACUCUCGACCUUUUACCUGCCUUGGAAUCCUUCAAUAGCUCCCUGGCUCAGUCUAAAUCAUCAUCCAUCUAAGUUGUCUUCUCUCCUCGACAACUUCCGGAACAGGAAAGAAACCAAAAGAAAUGUUGACUGCUUAAUUGUCGGUUCAUUGUGCAUGUGCAUCGAUUAAAAUUAGGAUUUGGGAUCUCCUCCCAUGACUUCUUCCAAUCUAUGUAUAAACUCAUAAGCCAUAGAAGACUAUCAAUUUUCCUCAUAUCCUUGACAAUUUAGUCCUCUACUCACUCAAAAUUUGUAUUUUCAUUUGCCUGACAUACUGAUGUGAGGUAUUUUAAGUAAUUCAGCAAAGAAAAAAAACAUGUGAUGCAUAUAGAAGAUGUUAAUCCAUACCUACUGUAUGUUUACAUCUUCCAGAAACAAGG